AGAUCACACGAGUGAGGCCACCUCACUCACCACAUAUCUUAAGCGAAUUAACGAAUGCCAGGAUACAACGAUAUUUUGUAAGAAACAAGACUCUCGUAGAGACGCUAAGCAUAGGGUUCAUUAGAUCAGUGUUUAGGAUAUUGUCAUUAAGUUGUUUAUUAGGCUUAAGGUAACGAGAAAGCUUUAAUAAAUAAGUACUCCAGGUAUAAACAUAGGAAACUACUUAUUGCUCUAUGAUAGAGCCUAAUACAUCUUGCAAUCAGAUUAGUUUAAUGUAUCUGCACAAAAGUACUAGAGAAAUUAAAUAUGAAAUUGAGAUAAUGUUGCGCUUCAUAUAUAAUAUGGUGAUUAUAUUUAUAUUAAUUUUCAAAACUGCAUUUGUGAUGUGUAUAGUGCGGGUAAUUAAAGAUUCAUAUGUAUCGUGAUGUAAGGCGAUAAUUCUUAAUGUAAUUGUGAGCACGGGUGGAGUGACAGCCACAUAUAUGACGUACAAAAAGGGAUACGUUUAAUCAAAAUUUUCUUGCGAGCAAUUAUAUUGUCAGCCAUGAAAAAGCCAUGAUUAGCGAGUAAAAGUGAAAAUGGCUGAGCUAACAAGUGCUUAUGUGUGUCAAGAAGCGUCAAUAAGGUUUCUCUGCAAAAAAAAACCCGUGUCUGCCAUCGAUGUUGUGGAAGACACAGCAUUGCUCAAAAUGUCAUUUCACAAGUGCCCUGUGCAGUGUAUCGCGUUGAUCUCUGCAGUGUAAUAAUUAUACUGCCAAAAAAAUGCAGGAGAGUGUGUGCCGUGCGUGUAAUUCGAAAUAUCGAGUUCUAGUUAACGAGGAUGAGAUGAAAAGCAGCGUUUAUAUGAUGGCGCUGAUUUUACGGCUCAAAGGAAUAAUAAGAGUGGAUCCGUGUCACCCCAUUUGGCCUACAAAAUACUGCACCUGGGGUGAACUAGCUUCAUUGAGAGAAUCCGAAAACAAAUACAGACAACAAUAUAUAGAGGCAUCUCACAGGGAGAAGAUCUUAGUGAGGAGGCUUGCCUCUAAAGAGCAGGAAUUACAAGAGUAUAUUAAUCAAAUAACUGAAAUGAAAGCCACUCAAGCUCCGUCCACAGCUGCAUUAAGGUCCGCUCUGUUAGAUCCGGCUAUUAAUAUAUUAAUACAGAAAUUAAGGCAAGAGUUAAUAACGACCAAGGGCAAAUUAGAAGAUACGCAGAAUGAACUAAGCGCAUGGAAAUUCACUCCGGAUAGUAAUACGGGGAAAAGAUUAAUGGCAAAGUGUAGAUUGUUGUAUCAAGAAAAUGAAGAACUUGGUCGUAUGAUUGCCAGUGGACGUAUUGCUAAAUUGGAAGGCGAACUUGCUCUGCAAAAGAGUUUUAGUGAGGAAGUGAAAAAGUCACAAUCAGAAUUAGAUGAAUUUCUGCAGGAUUUAGAUGAAGACGUAGAGGGUAUGCAGAGCACUAUUUACUUUUUGCAACAAGAACUGCGCAAGGCACGAGAGUCUGUCACGCUACUGCAACAGGAGAAUGCAGCAUUAAAGGCAAAUACAAACGAGAAUAAUUUAUCUAAUGGUUUAUCGCCCCAUACGCCGCCAAUUAAGAAAGAAGAACAGGAAGAAACUACAGUACCAGAUACGAAACCUCCGAAACCGAUGGAGGACAGUGAUAUGUGCAAAGGUGUGAGGACUCCACCGUUAGCGUCGCCCCAGAGUGAGCUUACCAGUGUCGAAAGAACAGAACGUGCGGAGAGAAAACUUAAUCAAGCCGAUCACAAUGACGAGAGUUCCAGCGAUUCCGCGGCGUUAAUUAUUAAGGUUGAGAACGAGGAACUUAGUGAUAGGGAAGAAGAGCAGGAGGAAAAUCGGAACAAACGAAUAUUAAGAAAUAAAAAUCACAGUAGGAAUAGUGGUAAAUCGAACGGGGAGGAGGUGACAACACGAACAACACGGGGUAGGGACAGGAUAAAGAGGGAGAAAAGUGCAGCCAGUAGUGAUGAUGAAAGGACGCACAAGAAGAAACGAAGGGAAAGCAUUCUUUCUCUCGAUUAUAACGAAGCUGAUGAUGAUGCGCUAGUUUUAACUAAUGGCGAGACUCUGCAGAGUGAUCCCGAAUGAAUAUUGUUUUAGGUUGAUUUUGGACAACAUUAACCACACGUGUGGUCGAAAUUCGCGAUAUAUGAUUUGACAUCCACUAUGUACAAAAUUUUUCAUCUAAAGCAACACCGGUUGCUUAUUUACAAGAUAUUGUUCGAAUAAAAAAAAUAAUUAGCCAUAAAGAAACGUAAUUUCAGUACCUGUAUUCGUGAUAAACUGCAAAGGAUAAAUAUUCACAUUGGUCUCUAAAAUGACAAGCCUGUAAAUACUCUUAUACCAUUAGAUCGAUAUAAAGUUCGUUUACGUCAAGUUACUUGCAAACGACCAAGUUGCGUAUUACAUUACAAAGAUAUAUCAGACGAAAAAUCUGAAUAGAUUAAUAUAACUUAUUACAGCCGAAUAUGCUGUAAGGAAAACUCAGAACAAUCGAAUUUUGUUUGUAUUUUGUAAAUUUAUUGUAUUAAAACUAUGUAAAAAUCAGCAAGAGCUUUGGUUCAUCAGUAAAAGAAGGAUAAUUCGAAAGAUAUUGUCAAGAAUUAAUCAAAAACGCCUGACCAUGUUACGUAGAUAAAUCAAGUAAAUUUUAAUAUUUUCAGGCAUAGAAAGCGAACUGUGAGAUUUUCACAUGAUUAUGUACAUAUGUAACGGUUCGAUGUACAUAUGUAUUUUUGUGCAAUAUGAGGCAUCGACCGCGAUUUUAUUUUGCUUUUACCGAAUAAUUGGAAAACAUAUAAAGCAUCUGUGACAAAAUAUACAAUAUUAGUCUUAGUAAUGCAUAUGGAUUGAUCUCACAGACUGAUACAUUAAACUCACAUCUUUAAUUUUCCUAAACUAAACUGAAAU